AUGACAACAGCGGCUAGGCCGACAUGGGACACAGCAAAAGGCGGUCGAGGAAAAGGCGAAGGAGAUCUUUCCGCGCUGUCAAAACAGUAUUCGAGUCGUGAUUUGCCGUCGCACACAAAACUAAAACACAGGUAUGAACUUACUGUAAAUGUAACCACAACUUUUUGGCCUGUUGAUGCUAAAUUUUCGCUCACUUUCUUUUAAUUUCUGACUUAAUCAGGAACCCUUACAGUGAUGGUGGUUUAACGCAUUACAAGAUUGGUGUUCUUGCUGAAAACUUUUGGCGACAUUCAUGAUUGUUGUGAAUGCCAUAAUUUCCCAGUUCGUUUCUAGCGUCUCCUUAAUGUACUUCCCUGCUUUUUUGCUUCGUCGUGAGAGACCUCUGCUAGCAGGGAAUUAAUGUACAUGUAUAUAAUAUGCAUUCACGCACGUCAUUAAAAAUGAAAUAACAUGCCUUGAUUACAUGGAGAGUGGAACCCUGUUGAUACGGUCAUCAAUGGGCCAAAAAACUUUGGCCUGUUUACGAAGUGACUUUAUUAAUGAGGGCUUUUUUACAAGAAAAUGUAUGGCCAUUUUGCCAGACUGCCAAAAAAAGUGGCUGAAUAACAAGGUGACUGUAUUACGCAGGUGGCCUUGAGGCGGGGUUUGGGAUUUAUUCCUUUCUUCUUCAAGUGGCUUUUCACAGAGUAAUGAGACACAAGAAGUCAUGUUCAUGAAAUUUUUUAGGCAUGUAAGAAUGAAGCUGUUAAAUAGUAUUUGCAUAUAUAUAGCUGUAUCUUACAUUAUUUGUUACCCAAAAAAUGAAAAUGAAGUAAAAAUCCACUGUGCCAAAAAAAGGGUGUUGGUUGGUGGUUGAAAUAAUGGCCACAUGCAAGAAAAAAUAUGGGGUUUCAAGCAACUUUUUGUUUCCAGCAUUAUGGUGUCACUGUGGGUGUUUUUCUAGAAGGUUCUAUAUUAGAUUUAUAGAUCCACUCAGUUCUUCACAGGUAUCCUCCAAUAAUGUAUUUUCAGACAAGCAGGGCAGGAUACUGCAGAGGAAUUGCGUGGCCGAGACUUCCGCAAGGAUUUGGAAGAACGUGAAAGACUAGCAGCUCGUGAAAGAAACAAGGAAAAAGGCAGCAGAUAUGCCAGUGAACAACCAAAGAGACCUCGUUUAGAUCAACCACCUCCUUCUAAUUUGGAUGCAGAUGACCCUGUUGAUGAUGAUGAUGAUGAUGACUCUGAGGAAAGGUGAUACAGUUUGAUAAAGUCAAAACUUUUCCUUGUGGACACUCAUCCCCUUGAUACAGAAAUAUCUUCUGUUACGGAGAAUACUAUUGAUCCUAUAGAAACAAUAAAUUUAUUCCUCCAUCUAUAAAAUUGCUGGCACUUGACUCUAUCACUUGGUUGUCUUGGUUAAGUGUAGGUGUUACUGUAUGUGCCUACUCAAUGCAAUGAGUAAGAUUUUCUUUGGUGUGAUCAAAUUCAAAACUUAAGUAACUGAAGUGUUGUCUGCCUGGAACAGUGGCAGUAUCUUAUCUCCUCUUUUUGCAAAACAGGUUAACUACAACUCUACAUAGUCAGACUGGGAAAUGUAAAAAAAAAAAAAGACUCUCUUUUUGGACAAUAGGAUUGUACUUCUGUUGAGUAGAAUGCUGCAUUUUGUCCAGAUUUGUGAGCUUGACUUUUUCAUUCAUUCAAACUCGGCUUGUGUGGGGUAUCUCUAAUUUUUGCAUCUCAGAUGUUCACUAUUCCAGUUUGGGUGAAAAGCUAAGUUAUUGUAAGUUGACAGAUACAAUGUUAAUUCGAUAAUUAUGAUAAAUUUAAAAGCUGAACUCUGACAGUUUAUUUGACAAUGUUGAUCCUGUUUCAGUGACGAUGAAGAUGACACUGCCGAACUUCUUGCUGAGUUACAAAGAAUAAAAAAGGAGAGGGCACAAGAAGAAGCAAGAAAAGUGAGUUUCAAUUCUGAAUGAUGUACUGUGUAAUGUUGUCUAGUAUCUUCACAGGCCUUCUGAAAUCACCAUGCGAGAGGUUUUUAAAAAUCAGUAAAUUGUACAUCCAGUGACAGGGCUGUGCUCUAGCAUUGCCCAGUGGCCCCUGGCACCUCAUGUUUGCUCCUGGGCAACUAGAAAACUUAGUGUUUUCAUAAAGAAACAUAUGCAAGGCAAUCUGGAUUUCACAGUUUCAGCGCAAUGGGCUGGUGGGCUUUUUACAAUUUUUUUAUAGGUUUCAUUUUCAUGGGAAAAUUUAAAACAAUUAUCUUAGUUUUUUUGUGGAGAAAAGAGAUUAAAGAAUAUACAAUACUUUUGAUAUAAUUUUUGUAAAAAGCCAGAUCACUGAUGAAAACAACUACUGAUGAAACACAAAAUAUGUUUAUUUCUUUUCUUCACAAUAAGAAGGUAUAGAAUAAACGUCUUUUGGAAUUUUUACAUUUCUUAUCUGCAGCUUAUGAAAAUUAAUCAUUACAUGUACAUGUGUAUGUUAUGCAAUAUUAUCACUAGAUUUAUUAUUUUUAACAAGCUUUCACAAAGUGUGUUUGAAAUGUGUUUGGUAUCUUUUUGAGCCUGCUGGGUAAGUGAAAAAAAAAACAAUCCCUGCUGACAAGGAAAUAAGAUAUCUGUCAAUGUCAAGGGUAAUUUUUUAUUGCUAGUUAAUUUUUUUUCAGUUGGUCACCAUCCAACAGUAUCAUGUAAUCUUCAUCAGUAUCUCAAAUUCAUGCAUUUUAAAAGCUAACAUGAUUUUUCUGCCAACUAAUGUGGGUCUCUAAUUAUUUUAUAACAGGAAAGAGAAAAGAAAGAAGAAGAAGAGAGAAUACGAAUGGAGAAUAUUAUGACUGGAAAUCCUUUACUCAACACACAAAGCAAUUUUAAAGUAAAAAGAAGGUACUGCAAAAAUCCAGUAUUCUUUUCUCUUGUGGAGAUCUCCAAUAACAUUGAUAUGCAAUGUUGUUCCCUGUUAGUGGUUGUGAAAAACUUUUGCUAUUUGCCAAUAGGCUCAAGCCACGUAAAAGUUAAAACAAGUCAAUUGAUUAGUACUGCAUGCGCUAGUCUUGACCAAUAAAGUGGCUGUGUGUGACAAGACCGAUGCAAUUACAGUAAAAACCGGCGAGUAAGAACCUGGUUUUUAAAAACCUUUUACAGUGGGCUAAAAUUUGCCAGUUUGGGACCUUCUAUACACUUAAGAACUUGUUUAGCCUAAAAUUUGAAACAGGUUCUUAUUUUCCAAAAUCUAUAAAAGAAAUUCCUGUAAAAUUGGGGAAAUAAGACAAGUCAACAUUCAGGAUCCUCUGUGGAGACAUUGGAACCUUAUUACUCCAAUUGUAAAUAUUAUUGUAUGUACAGCUGCAGAUGUUAUAUGAGGAACAAGCUGAAUACCACCAAUUAAACCUUUAUUUUACAUGGCACUCAUUUUCUGCCUCCUCAUUGGCUAAGAGCUUACAGCUAAUUUUGGAAAUCAGCAAACGGUAAUAACCUGAUUCUCAGACAUCCGAGGUCAUUCCUGGUCUCUUCAGGAAAGAAGCAAAGGGACCGAGAACAACCUCGGACGUCUGAGAAUCAGGCUACCCAACCUACAGAUUAGAUAGUUAUCUGCUAGCAGAUAAGUGACAAAACAAUGUAUAAUAAAACAAUAAUAAUUCAUUAUUAAAUUCGGUUUUUGUGAUUCCUAAAUAAUCAAGGUCUCACUAAGUGUUAUCAUCCUUGUGGCCUUCGGCCCGGCCGAUAACACUGACAUGUUCCUCAACCUCGAUUAUUCUGGAUAUCACAAAAACCUCAUCCAGUAAUUGUUUAUUACCUACAAUGUAUAAAAAAUAAAUAAAUAAAUAAAUAAAUAAAAACUUAUUUAAGAACCUAAAUAGCCUAAAUUUGUUCUAAAUGUAAUUACCAUUUUUCCCUAACCUAACUAGGGAAAGUGUACAUGUAGGUUUUUAGUCACAGGUUUUACUGUAAUGUCAAAUUCUCCCUUUGUCUUUCAAGUAACUAAGGCAAGGCCAUGUUUGCUUGGUCACCAAGUGAUGUCUAACAGUCAGCUUUUACAAAGCAGUCAUUGUCAUAUACCGUAAAAUUCCAAAAAUAAGCCCCUCCAUGUAUAAGCCCCCCAAACCGGUAACGCAAAAAAACCCUCCGUUAAAUUGCCCCUCCAAAUAUAAGCCCCUCAGGGGCUUGUACUUGGAAAAUUGCCCUCAAAUACAGAGUGAAACGAAGCAAAAAUAGUAAAUUUACUUCCAACUAUAAGGGUAGCUCAAUGGAUUUUGAAACGCAAAUUUCCUUCUGUAGAUAAGCCCCUCCAAAAAUAAGCCCCUCAAAAAGGACCUUUGAAAAAUAUAAGCCCUGGGGCUUAUUUUCAGAAUUUUACAGUAUUCCCACGCAAUCUAAGACUAAAUAAUAUUUUUUUUACUGCUAUAACUCUCUGUAGGAACACAACUUUUAAGAAAACAGUCUAAGAGCUGGCCCCAAGGGUAUUCGGCCUUGAAGCAAUCACUGCAUACUAAUUUAACUGGUGACUUCUUUAUCAUUUUAGGUGGGAUGAUGAUGUUGUAUUUAAGAACUGUGCAAAGGGGGAAGACGAAAAAAAGAAAGUAAGUUUAUACCUAUGUGAGAGAGUGACCAGGAUUAACUUGUAUUACAUUGUAUAUAUAAUACCAUAUUUUUCGGUUAUAAGGCGCGCUCCGUUAUAAGACGUACCCUGAUUUUUUAACUUGUACUAAAUAAAAAUAAAUACUUGGUUAUAAGACGCAACCCCAACUUUGUGCUUUUAUCGCCAUCUUCACUUGCAAAAUAACAGCGUUUUCAAAGUUCCUAAUUACAGUUAUGUCUCCUUUUUUUCAACAAAGGGACGAUUCUUGCAUUUCGUUUCAUGAAAAUACUUGGUUAUAAUACUCACCCCAAUUUUGGAACAGAUCAAGAUUGAUCAAGCAAAAUGUCUUUGAAAAAAUGCUGCGCCUUAUAACCGAAAAAAUACAGUAAUCUUCAAACUGCUUUUCAUGAAACAUAAUUGCAAAGUAUAGUCAAACCUCUGUUGCACCAGCCUCCUUUCAGCCACUGUCCAUUUAGCAGCUAGAUUCUAAAGUCCCAAAAGCAGGAGGAGGAUGGCUGUGUUGAUUGCAGCCAAUUUUAAGGCAGUGGCAUAGAAACAGCAUUUUCAAUUUUAUAAAAAUGUUUCAGAUGUAUCUUUAGUAUCAAUGUCACAACCAAAUAUGGUUAACUUAAGUAUUGGUUUUACUUUGUUUCAGGAGCAACACUUUAUCAACGAUACCCUUCGAUCAGAAUUCCAUAAAAAAUUUAUGCAAAAAUAUGUGAAAUAG